AUGCCUGCCCGGCUAAUUCUCGGCAAGUCUGACGACCGGACGCGGAUCCUGGUCCAAAAAUUCUGGUGUCGAUUCGAGCCGAUUAUCAACAAGUCAGCUUGUCCAGUAACCCCAGCUAUGCGGACUUCAAAACUAUCUCGAAGCUCACUCCGAGUGCUCGAGAGCAUUGUCCGGCCCUCAAGGGAGGUCCCUUUGCGAUUUCGUGGCUGCCAACGAUGCUCCUCUAGCGCAGUUCUCCGACCUUCCUCCUCGGCACAAAAAUUGCCAUUGGACCGACGGUGGCAGCAACGAAGGGGUGCUGCGGCAGCCACCGCAAUAUUAGAAGAGGCGCAAGCAGAACCCGAGAGCCUAGCGCAAGAGACCAUUAUCGAGAACCUUGAUCCGCAAGAAGCUGCACGGUUAUCUAAAGUCCGGAAUAUUGGCAUCGCUGCGCACAUUGAUUCUGGGAAAACAACAGCAACGGAAAGAGUACUCUUCUACACUGGGCGAAUCAAUGCCAUACACGAAGUUCGUGGCCGAGACGCAGUCGGAGCUAAGAUGGACUCUAUGGAGCUAGAACGUGAAAAGGGCAUCACAAUUCAAUCCGCUGCGACCUUUUGCGAUUGGCUCAAGGUGGAGAAUGGGAAGGAAGAGAAAUACCACAUCAAUCUGAUCGAUACGCCUGGUCACAUCGACUUUAGCAUCGAAGUCGAACGAGCGUUACGGGUACUGGACGGAGCGGUCAUGAUUCUUUGUGCGGUUUCUGGCGUACAGUCUCAGACCACCACUGUCGACAGGCAAAUGAAGAGAUACAAUGUGCCUCGAAUCACCUUUGUCAACAAGAUGGAUCGGAUGGGGGCCAAUCCCUUCAAAGCCAUUGAUCAAAUCAACUACAAGCUCAAGAUCCACGCUGCCGCUGUACAAGUGCCAGUUGGUGUGGAGGAUGACUUCCAUGGAGUUGUUGACCUUCUCACCAUGACCACAUUAUAUGCAGAAGGAGCUCGGGGAGAGAAAAUUGUUCGCAAAUCCGAGAUCCCCGAAGAUGUCAGGGCGCUCGCUCAAGAACGACGGGCCAAGCUUAUUGAGACCCUUGCAGACGUCGAUGAGGAAAUGGCGAACAUGUUUUUGGACGAGGUCGAGCCUACCGAUGUACAGCUCAGGGCGGCUAUCAGACGGGCCACCAUCUCUCUCAAAUUUACACCCGUUUUCAUGGGCUCUGCAUUAGCCGACAAGUUUGUGCAACCCAUGCUGGAUGGUGUGUGUGACUACCUGCCCAAUCCUUCCGAAGUUGAGAAUACGGCAUUGGACCGAAGGCAAAAUGAAACACCGGUCAAGCUGAUUCCUUACAACUCUCUCCCAUUUGUUGGCCUGGCGUUCAAACUGGAAGAAAGCCCGUUUGGUCAACUCACCUACAUCCGGGUCUAUCAAGGCGAAUUACGCAAAGGCCUGUAUGUAUACAAUGCUCGCACAGAUAAGAAAGUCAAAAUCAAUCGCAUCGUCCGCAUGCACUCUAACGAAAUGGAGGAGGUCUCGUCUGUCAGCGCUGGCGAGAUCUGUGCCGUCUUUGGCGUUGACUGCGCCUCCGGCGACACCUUCACGGACGGCCAGCUCGGCUACUCCAUGACGAGCAUGUUUGUGCCUGAACCCGUUAUCUCCCUCUCCAUCAAGCCGAAACACAGCAAGGACUCGGCCAACUUCUCCAAAGCCAUCGCCCGCUUCCAACGCGAAGACCCUACCUUCCGCGUGCACUUCGACGUCGAGAGCGAACAAACCAUCAUCUCGGGGAUGGGCGAACUCCAUCUUGAAGUCUACGUUGAGCGUCUCCGGCGCGAAUACCGCGUUGAAUGCGAAACCGGUGCCCCACAGGUCGCGUACCGAGAAACCAUGACCGAAAAAGUGGAUUUUGACCACCUUUUCAGGAAACAGACCGGUGGGCCCGGCGAUUUCGCGCGCGUCAUGGGCUGGUUAGAACCAACGGGGAAUCUGGACGGGAACUCGUUUGAAGAACAAGUCGUUGGUGGCUCUAUCGGCGAGAAAUAUCUCUCGGCUUGCGACAAAGGGUUCCAUAUGGCCUGCGAACGGGGACCGCUUAUUGGUCAUCGAGUACUUGGUCUGCACAUGGUGAUCAAUGAUGGCGCGACGCACAUGACGGAUUCCAGCGACCAAGCCUUCAGAACCGCGACGCAGCAGGCCUUCCGGCAGGCGUUUGUUCGGGGGGGUCCCGCCGUGCUGGAGCCGCUCAUGAAGACGGUCGUGACGGCCCCGAUUGAAUUUCAGGGCAAUGUCGUUGGGUUACUGAAUAAGCGGAAUGCGGUCAUUCACGAUACGGAGGUGGGCGUGGAUGAAUUCACUGUUUUUGCCGAUUGCUCGUUGGGGGGCAUGUUUGGCUUUAGUGGGAAUCUACGCGCAGCCACUCAAGGCAAAGGCGAAUUCACCAUGGAGUUUAGCCAUUACGAACGUGCGCCCGGUCAGGUUCAGAAGGAGCUUGUGCAGAAAUAUCUCAAGGCGCAGGCGGAUCGGAGUAAGAAGUGA